CGGCGCAGUGCCCCGAAGAAAAACGCUGCUCGGGACGCGACGUCUGCAGCCAUUCAGCCCUUUGCUCUGCGUCUGCUGUGUGCGCUGAGCGCCGUCUGCUGCGCCUCUCUAGCGCUGGCCCGCCACUACCUAAAGGACCUGCUGCUGUGGGUGGAGAGCCUGGACAGUGUGGUCGGGGUGCUGCUCUUCAUCGUGGGCUUCAUUCUGGUCUCCCUGCCUUGCGUGUGGGGCUACAUCGUCCUGAACGUGGCUGCUGGCUACCUGUAUGGCCUGGUGCUGGGCAUCGGACUGGUCAUCGUCGGGGUGCUCAUCGGCACCUUCAUCGCCCACCUGCUGUGCAAGAAGCUGCUCACCCACUGGGUCCUGGCCAAGAUCGAGAGCAACCAGAGACUGGGAGCCGUUAUCCGGGUGGUGGAGGGGGGCGGCGGACUCAAGGUGGUCGCUCUGGCCAGGCUGACCCCCAUCCCGUUCGGGCUGCAGAACGCGGUCUUCUCGAUUACAGAUUUGUCAUUGCCCAACUACCUGGCAGCAUCUUCAGUUGGCCUCUUUCCAACCCAGCUUCUUAAUUCCUAUUUGGGAACAACUUUACGUACAAUGGAAGAUGUCAUCGCUGAACAAAGUGUUAGCGGAUACUUCAUAUUCAGUUUGCAGAUUGUGAUCAGCAUAGCUCUUAUGUUUUACGUGGUCCAUCGAGCGCAAGUGGAGUUGAACGCAGCUAUCAUGGCUUGUGAAAUGGAACUGAAGACUUCUUUGAAGGACAGCCAACUGAAUGGCGGCAGCACGGUAUUUUGCGGCAAAAGGACCUUAUUGUCCAUGGGAGGAAUUAACAUUGUAUGAGUGUUCAAGCCAUGCAGCCUUCUUUCAUUGCCAAGAUCUAUUUCUCUUUCCCUUCACUGAAGGAAGACAUUUUCUGCACAACUUUCAAAUGAACCUUCAGUGGUUUUUUCCUUUUGAGGAUAUCGGCCAGGAUCUCCAAAUUGGAAGCAUUCAUCAGUCGUCACAUUCUGUGUAUGUCAUGGCAUAAACAAUGCACUUUUCUGCGCAGCUCUUACAAACACGUCAUGGCAAAUGUAUUUAUUACUGGACAAUAAACUAUUUCUUAUGAAAUAGCGAAAAGGAACUUGUAUAAAAUAAAUUAUAUUUGUAAUUUGCCUUUUUAGCAUUUUGCUUUUGCAGUAUUGUUCAAGGACCUUUCUAGCUAAAAUACAAGUUGGUCCAUUUAAAAGAAAUAGAAUUCACUUGGUAAGCAAUAGCAGCUUUUGUUGCUGAAAAUUAAAAUGUCCACUGCAUAUGUUAAAUAUGAAAAGAAUGUAAAUGACCUUUGGA